GGUCCCAGCCCUCAGGCACGAGUCUGGCGACCUCAGAAACGGCCCCUCGGAGGCGGCCGGACAGAACCCCGACGGUCGGACCGACGACGGAGUCCCAGAGAGCAGGGCGGAUGGACACCUUCAGCACCAAGAGCCUGGCCCUCCAGGCCCAGAAGAAGCUCCUGAGCAAGAUGGCAUCCAGGGCGGUGGUGUCCGCGUUCAUCGACGACACGAGCAGCGAGGUGCUGGACGAGCUGUACCGCGCCACCAAGGAGUUCACCCGCAGCCGCAAGGAGGCCCAGAAGGUGGUCAAGAACCUGGUCAAGGUGGCCGUGAAGCUGGGCGUCCUGCUGCGCGGCGGGCAGCUGGGCGGCGAGGAGCUGGCGCGGCUGCAGCGCUUCCGGCAGCAGGCGCGGCGCCUGGCCAUGACCGCCGUCAGCUUCCACCAGGUGGACUUCACCUUCGACCGCCGCGUGCUGGCCGCCGCCCUGCUCGAGUGCCGGGACCUGCUGCACCAGGCGGCCGGCGCGCACCUGACCGCCAAGUCCCACGGCCGCAUCAACCACGUGUUUGCCCACCUGGCCGACUGCGACUUCCUGGCCGCGCUCUACGGCCCGGCCGAGCCCUACCGCUCCCACCUGCGCAGGAUCUGCGACGGCCUCACCCGCAUGCUGGACGAGGACAGCAUAUGACCUCCGACCUGACCUCCUGACCUCCGCGCUGCGGCUUCCCGCCGGGGGCGGGGCUUGCAGGGGGCGGGGUUAACCUCUUUUCUCCCAGUCUGACUCUGGCCAAACCCCUCCCUCCCCAAAACACACACACACACCC